GUUGGAUCCAGUAUGCAGAGAGAGUCCUGCCCAGCACAGUAAUCCCACAUAUUUGCACUGCGAAGUCACCACAGCAGAUCAUGGGUUCCCUCGUGAAGAAUUAUUUUGCCAGGCAACAGCAUCUAUCCCCUGAUAAAAUUUUCCAUAUUGUGGUGGCCCCUUGCUAUGACAAAAAGUUAGAAGCAUCACGAGGAGACUUUUAUACCCAUUUGUAUAACUCUCAAGAUGUAGAUUGCGUUUUAACAUCAGGUGAAGUCUUCCAAAUGAUGGAACAAAGAAAAAUAUCAUUGAAAGAAAUAACUGAGGUGUCCUUUGAUACCUUGUUUGGUGGCAUAAAAGAAGAGCUAAAUCGGCAUGAUGGAAGAUCAGAUGGUUACCUAGAGCACAUAUUUAAACAUGCUGCCAAGGAGCUAUUCAACACUGAAGUGAAGGAGCUCACCUACAAAAUAUUAAAAAACAAAGACUUUCAGGAGGUUACCCUAGAAAAGGAUGGUGAGACAGUGCUCCGUUUUGCAGCAGCCUAUGGCUUUCGAAACAUCCAGAAUAUGAUUCUGAAGUUGAAAAAGGGGAAAUGUUCCUACCAUUUUGUUGAAGUUUUAGCCUGUCCUGGAGGUUGUUUAAAUGGGAAUGGCCAGGCCCAGACUGAAGACGGAAAACCAGAUAAAGCCCUUCUGAAGCAGAUGGAGGAUGUAUAUGCCACAGUUCCUGUUCAGAUUCCUGAAACCAACGGGCAUGUGCAGAAGCUUUAUCAGGAAUGGCUAGAAGGGAUGGAGUCCAACAAAGCCCAGGAAUCUUUGCAUACUAAAUACAGCAUGGAAAAACCACCCGCCAACAGUUAUGACAUCAAAUGGUGACCAAUCCGAUUAUAAGACAUGCAUCAGGAUUGAUGGACCUGCAGCACUGUCACAACUAUGCUAUGCACCUGAGAUCGGCACAACCUUGUAAAGCAUGCUCAGAACUGGAACUGCAUUUGUUUCCUCAUUGGGGUUGUGCAGAGUCAAAAUGCAACUGUCUCAGUGUAAAUGUGGUGUAUCUUUAUUUAACCAGAACUCUAGCCCAAUCAUCAAUAUACCUGUUAAGGCAUAUUGGAAGGAAAAUAGGGCGUGUUACAAAGUGCUUCAAUGCUAACCCCCUUCGGUACUCAAGGCCUGUGUGCCAAGAAUCUAAUACCAUGAAUGUGCUCAGAAUGAUUUUAGGUUAAAGUUUCACUUAUUUCAGACUUCAUAUUAUUACCAAACAUAGUAAGAUGUCAAAAUAUGAUAAAAACCGCCUACUACUAAUUUAGUGUCCAGAAAGUAAGGCCUAUUUUCUUAAUUAUGGCAAAAAAGAAUGUCUGUGUUUACACUAGUCUGAGAGAGCAGUAGGAACAUUGACCUCUGCUAGAAAUGAAUGUUCAUUUGGUCAGCUUUAUUUAGCUUCUUCAACUGUUCAGAGAGCAGGGCCCAUUGCUCCUUCUCAUUGGCAUUGAUUUCUUCUUGAGAAUAUUGGGAUCCUGGUAUCUUAAGUCAAACCUGGUAAAUUCUUUUUGACGUUCAAAACUAUAUUUGGGGGGUUUGUGUCGUCAUCAACAAUGCUGGAAUGGAUUGGGGAAUCCUGAGUAGGCAACGAGUACUUUAAAUCAUUAAAUCAAGUGGGCAAAGGUCAAGCUAGAAUAGGCAAACAUCAUAAAACCAGAAUAUUUGGGGGAAAAGGGCUCACCUGAUUUAAGAUGUAUUAUAAUUCUUUUCAGCAUGCCUAAUGCUGAAGUUCUAAGUGACGUUUUAAGAAAAUAUGGUUCAGUGACUUCUUCCUAGAAAUACUAUUAUGUUUUUGGAUUUUCUGGGACUUGUUAAAAUUUUAAAUGUGAUAGCAGUGUGCAUGCAGAUCAGUCACUGAUAAUCUUUCUAAAGAAGGUAGAUAUCAAGAGAGAUGCAUUAAUAUGUGGAAGAAGGUUGUAGUUCUAUUUAUCCCUAUUAUGGACUAUUCCAUUCAGAACUGCACAAGCAGGCAAAACCUGAACAUUCAUUUUACCCCGGCAUCACACUGCCAAAGUCAUUGGAAUAAAUUAACACUCUGGAGCAGAAUUGCUAAAAGGAGAACAAGAGUAAGACUUCUUUCCAUGGAUCAUAUGCUGAAUAUGUAAAUACUGUUUAUUAGCAUGCGGUCACACCCCUCAAAGUUCAUGCAGCACUUGACCAAGAAGAUUGCUCUUUCUGGGAGAUGUCCUAGUAAACCCAGAUUUUCUUAGUAGACAUGAUAGGUUUAUAUUUUAAGAGCUGCCUAUACAAUACUGAGAUACACUUUCAAGUACAUGUUCACUGAAAGGAAUGAUCAGCAGUUCUUAUGCUCCAAAAUAGUAAUGUGAAUCCAUUUUGCCCUAUUCUGAAUCACAUCUCUCAAACAUAUAUACAGAGUUACCCCCUUGAACGCUGUGCUCAGGAAGAAAAAAAAAA